AUGGCAUUUACUUCUCGUGCGUUCUUCCUCCUUUGUGGGAUCAUUGGACUGACUGGAGUUUUGUCUUUGUCUUUCCAGGACGACACAGAUGAAUGUUGUCCUAAGGGCUGGACUCAGUUGAAUAAACGUUGUUUCAUCUACCAGGAGGAACAAAGGAGCUUUUUAGAUGCAGAGAGCAUCUGCAACCUUCUUGGUGGGAAUCUGGCCUCCAUCCUAAGCGCUCUGGAAAAUGCGGUUGUGUUGGAAGUGAUUAAGUUAACGGAUGACCCCAUUGCUGACACCUGGAUUGGACUCCAUCAGGCGCUAGAGACGGAGAACUUUCUCUGGACUGACGGCUCAGACUUUAAGUUCGAUGCUUUUAACGCAACCGUCAAUGUAGGAGAUUGUGCUGAGAUUGAAAGCAGUGAAGAACUCUGGAAUCUGGACAGCUGUACUGACUUACACCCCUACGUUUGUGCCAGAGACACUAAGUGCAAACACUGAUCAGUCUUCCUUGACGAUGCCUUUUCCACCACCUUGAUGACUCUUCUACAGGACGACCCAACUUUAAUGAUAUCUAUGUAUUCAUUAGUAUAUUACACAGUCUGAUCACUUUCUAAUUGAUUGCUGACAAACACGCAAGUUGAUGGUGCGUUGUGUCACAUUUCGGAACGUUGUCACACAAUCUGGGAUUUUAUUCAAUGUUACUCUUUUCAAUCUGAGGGGCAAAUUAAGUAUAUUGACCGCGGAGGCAGGGAAAAUGUGCAUCGGCUGCAG